UCUUUGACAGCUUCUCAUCAAACCCUCCUCUUCAUCUCUCCUUCUGUACCCUAAGCUCAAAACAUGGCUUCGUCGGCCGCUCAGAUUCACGCUCUCGGUGGAAUUGGAAUCGCUACUUAUUCAUCUUCUUCCAAGAGUAAUCUCAAUGUGAAAGGAAGUUACAUGCCAAUAAGCGGCUCUUGUUACUUCUUCGGCGCUAGAAACGGUCCUUUCACUACCCCAACUUCUGCUUUCCUGAGAAUGAGUAUCAGAAACGGCUCUAGGUACGCGGUAGGUCCGGUGCGAGUUGUUAACGAGAAAGUUGUGGGAAUAGAUUUGGGUACGACUAACUCCGCCGUAGCUGCCUUGGAAGGAGGCAAGCCCACCAUUGUAACGAACGAUGAAGGUCAGAGGACUACUCCGUCUGUGGUGGCUUACACUAAGAGUGGUGACCGGCUUGUUGGGCAGAGCGCGAAGAGGCAAGCAGUUGUUAAUCCGGAGAACACUUUCUCCUCGGUGAAGAGGUUUAUUGGUAGUAGGAUGGACGAGGUAGCUGAGGAGUCUAAGCAGGUUUCUUAUAGAGUUGUUAAGGAUGAGAACGAGAAUGUUAAGCUUGACUGUCCCGCCAUUGGUAAACAGUUUGCAGCCGAGGAGAUUUCAGCUCAGGUUUUGAGGAAACUUGUGGAUGAUGCCUCGAGCUUCCUGGACGAAAAAGUAACCAAGGCUGUCAUCACGGUGCCUGCUUACUUCAACGACUCGCAGAGGACAGCUACUAAAGAUGCGGGUCGCAUUGCUGGUUUGGAUGUUCUUCGUAUUAUCAAUGAGCCCACUGCUGCUUCCUUGGCUUAUGGUUUUGAAAGGAAAAGCAACGAAACAAUUCUUGUCUUUGAUCUUGGUGGUGGUACCUUUGAUGUCUCUGUUCUUGAAGUUAGUGAAGGUGUGUUUCAAGUGCUUUCCACUUGUGGUGACACACAUUUGGGUGGUGACGACUUUGACAAGAGAGUUGUCGAUUGGCUGGCUUCAAAUUUCAAGAAAGAUGAAGGCAUUGAUCUUUUGAAAGACAAGCAAGCACUUCAGAGGUUAACAGAGGCAGCAGAGAAAGCUAAGAUCGAGCUUUCCACCCAGACUCAAACAAAUAUUAGCUUGCCAUUUAUCACGGCCACAGCCGAUGGACCUAAACACAUAGAAACCACCCUCACACGUACCAAGUUUAAAGAGUUACGUUCAGAUUUACUCGACAGGUGUAAGACUCCCGUUGAAAAUUCACUGAGGGAUGCAAGGCUCAAGUUCAAAGAUAUUGAUGAAGUGAUCCUCGUUGGUGGAUCCACACGUAUACCUGCUGUUCAGGAGGUCGUCAGGAAGCUGACUGGGAAAGAACCUAAUGUGACUGUAAACCCUGAUGAGGUUGUGGCUCUAGGUGCUGCUGUCCAGGCUGGUGUGCUGGCUGGGGAUGUGAGUAACAUUGUCCUUCUUGACGUGACACCGCUUUCGCUUGGUACGAAUACUGUUGGAGAUGUUAGGAAACGUUGCAGAGAGUGUACUACUUCCACAAGAAACCUCAGAGGAAGUGAGAGAGCUGAGGUCUUACAGUUGCAGAGAAGGAAUGAGACGUUACGUACGGAUUCUGUUAUGUCUAAGAUCAUUCCAAGGAACACUACACUGCCUACUUCUAAAUCAAAGGUCUUUACGACUGUUGAUGAUGGACAGACACGUGUUAGAUUUCAUGUGCUGCAGGGUGAGAGGGAGUUUGCUAGGGAUAACAAGUGUCUCGGCAGCUUCCUUCUAGAUGGCAUUCCACCAGCACCACGUGGAGUUCCAAAAAUCGACGUCAAAUUUGACAUUGAUGCAAAUGGAAUCCUCUCCGCCACUGCUACUGACAGAGCCACCGGUAAUAAACAAGAGAUUACCAUUACUGGUUCCACUACAUUGUCCAAGGAUGAGGUAGAGAAAAUGGUCAAAGAGGCCGAAAGGUUUGCGAAGGAUGACAAACAGAAGAGGGAGGCAAUUGAUACAAAGAACCAGGCGGAUUCUGUUGUAUACCAGACAGAGAAGCAACUUAAAGAAUUUGGAGAGAAAAUUCCAGGUGAAGUGAAAGAGAAGAUAGAGUCUAAACUACAGGAGCUUGAAGACAAGAUUGGAAGUGGAUCGACUCAAGAAAUCAAGGACUCCAUGGCUGCUCUUAACCAAGAAGUGAUGCAGAUAGGUCAGUCUAUGUGCAACCAAGCUGGACCUGAAGCUGGAGCAGGAGCAGGUCCUUCCCCUUGGAGGUGAAGGGGCUUCAUCAACAGAUUCAUCGUCAAGCAAAGGUGGUGAUGAUGUGAUCGAUGCCGACUUCACACAGUAAAUGAGAAAAGGCACGAGGACGGCUAAUUUGAAUUGAAUUCGUGCACGCACACACAUGAUUUUGUAGGUUGGUAUAAUGUGUUGAUCUGAGAAAUGCUUUUGAAAAUAAUUUA